UUGGCCGUUUUCUCCCUUUCUUCAGGCUUCUCCAUACUUCAGGCCAUCAUGGAGGCAGCUGUGGCGAACAACUGGCAGGUGACCGCUCGCUCUGUAAGCAGCACAACAGACGCCUCAGAGUUCAGGCGCAUCAUUGAGGAGAUGGACAGGAGGCAGGAGAAGCGCUAUGUGAUUGACUGCGAGCUGGACAGGAUCAAUACCAUAUUAGAACAGGUUGUGACCCUGGGGAAGAACAGCCGUGGUUACCACUACAUUCUGGCCAAUCUGGGAUUUUCCAACGUAAGCCUGGACAAAGUCUUCGCCGGUGGAGCCAACAUUUCGGGGUUUCAGAUCGUCAACCCCGACAACCCCAUCGUGCAGCAGUUCAUACAGCGGUGGGAGCGGCUAGAUGAAAGAGAAUUCCCAGAAGCCCGAAACGCUCCUCUGAAGUACACCUCUGCUCUGACCCACGAUGCCGUCCUGGUGAUAGCAGAGGCAUUCCGGUACCUAAGGCGCCAGCGCGUAGACGUCUCCCGUCGAGGCAGCGCCGGUGACUGUCUCGCCAAUCCCGCCGUACCUUGGAGCCAGGGAAUAGACAUCGAAAGAGCUUUGAAAACGGUCCAUGUGCAGGGGAUGACUGGGAACGUCCAGUUUGACAACUAUGGCCGCAGGACCAAUUACACCAUAGAUGUUUAUGAGAUGAAAACAGGUGGUCCAAGGAAGAUCGGGUACUGGAACGAGUACUCGCGGUUUGUAAAUAUUCUGGAUCCGCAGGUCUCCAACGACUCCUCAGUGGAAAACCGAACCAUUGUGGUCACUACUAUUAUGGAAGCUCCGUAUGUGAUGCUCAAGAAAAAUUAUAUGCAUCUGGACGGGAAUGACAGAUAUGAAGGCUACUGCGUCGAUUUAGCAUCUGAAAUUGCCAAACAUGUUGGAAUUAAGUACAAACUGUCAAUAGUAAUGGAUGGCAAGUACGGAGCCCGAGACCCUGAGACCAAGACGUGGAACGGGAUGGUGGGUGAACUGGUCUAUGGGAGAGCAGAUAUAGCCGUUGCACCUCUCACCAUUACACUGGUUCGAGAGGAGGUGAUAGACUUUUCCAAACCUUUUAUGAGCUUGGGCAUCUCCAUUAUGAUAAAGAAGCCUCAAAAGUCCAAGCCUGGUGUUUUCUCCUUCCUGGACCCGCUGGCCUAUGAAAUCUGGAUGUGUAUAGUGUUUGCCUAUAUUGGGGUGAGCGUGGUCCUGUUCCUGGUCAGUCGGUUCAGUCCUUAUGAGUGGAACCUCGAGGAACAGGAUGAGACCAAAGACCCCCAGAAUCCCCCUGAUCCUCCCAAUGACUUUGGCAUCUUCAACUCUCUCUGGUUCUCACUGGGCGCCUUCAUGCAGCAGGGCUGUGACAUCUCUCCCAGGUCCCUGUCAGGUCGUAUUGUUGGUGGUGUGUGGUGGUUCUUUACCCUCAUCAUCAUCUCCUCAUACACCGCCAACCUGGCUGCCUUCUUAACUGUGGAAAGAAUGGUUUCGCCCAUAGAAAGUGCUGAAGAUCUGGCCAAGCAGACAGAGAUAGCCUAUGGCACUCUGGACUCAGGCUCUACAAAAGAGUUUUUUAGGUCUGUGGGCGAGAUCGUCAAUGCAAAGUGGGCAGGAUCAUAA